GUUGAACAUAACCCUUUGGACCAGGUACCAUCGUCAUCAUCAAGUGAUAAACGAUCAAAAAGUUAUUGUAAACAACAAAUAAUUACAGUAGGAUCAUGGUUCACCCAACCCUAAAACGCAUCCUCUGUAAUACGACGGCACCUCUCCAUCCGCUCAAUCGACGCAACUUCUUCCACCCUCUCCAUCACCGGUCUCCGGCGCUGCUACUUCCUCGCCGGAACUGCUGUCCCAUCGCAGUCUUCAUUGCGCCUUCGUCGGAGUUUCCUUCUCCAUCACCAGAUUGUGUCACAGAAAAAGCAAAUCUCAAAUGGACAAAACUUCAAAUCCGUGACAGUUUGAGAAUGUAUAACACGCUUGUGGAGAGAUGCUUUACAGAUUGUGUGGAUACAUUCAGACGCAAAACAUUAGAUAAGCAAGAGGAGACAUGUGUGAGGAGAUGUGCUGAGAAGUUCUUGAAGCAUUCCAUGCGUGUUGGAUUGAGAUUUGCAGAACUCAACCAAGGUGCAGCUACACCAGACUAAUCCUCCAUAGCAUCUACUAUGAAGCUCACUUUUGUAGUCUAAUAGAGUUGCUUUAGUCUUUCAAGUAAACACCAUAAACAUAUAGACUGAGUUUCAUAAACUUCUUUCCAUUAACGAUUGCUUUUCUCCAUGCUAAUGCUAUUGAUUUUCUUAUCUGUAUAUUUCACCCUUAGCAUUUGAACCUGUUUUAAUGCUCCAAAAACUAUCAUGUAAUAAACGGACUUAUAUCUAAACCCC